AGAGAGAGAGAGAGGAAGGAGAGCAGAGCGAGAGAGAGAGAGCGAGAGAAAGAGAGAGAGAGCAAAAGAGGGAGAGAGAGAGGCAGAGGCGGAGAGAGGCUCAUUCUGCGCGUCGUCUCAGAGCAGAAGUAGUUCCAGUCCCCGCAGCAUUCACGGUUGUGGACGACAGUGUCGACUGUCACUGCCAGAACUUCUCAGUUACGGUCACUUCGAGACGGAAACUUUUGUCAAAAAACUUUUUUUUUCUCGGUCGCAACAUUUUUUCACUUGACGAUUUUUUUUGGAAAUCCUAAGAGACGUCGAGAAAUCAGAGAAAAAAAACCGUUUUGUUUUUGUUGUUUUUUUUAAAAUACAUUUUCCUUGGCGCCGUCCAAGAUAAGAUCUGACAAAUAAUCCAAGGCGAACAAAGCGAUUUUUUAACGAAAAAAAAAAAUAGUUUCAAAGAGGGGAUAGCUGAAGACAGAAGAGAGGACAGUCCACGGAGGAGACGGUGUCGGCUGCGCUCUCCUUGCAUGGUUCGUUGUUGGCUCCUCACCACCACCACCACCGCCGCCGCCGCUUAUAAUAAAUAGAUGUGAUAACCUCAAGUGUUGGACCGCGGUCUUCAGCCUGCACUGCACUCGACAGUGACUCCAGAUUCCUGCGAAGCAAUUGGGCUUCAACUCCCCGAGCGAGGAGGCGGAGUCUUAACUUAUUAAAAGCAACUUGCUGAGGCUCGGACUCCAGCAAACAUGAUGAUGAUGUCUCUCAACAGCAAGCAGCCUUUCGCCAUGGCUCACGCCAGCUUGCCCGAACCCAAGUACUCGUCGCUGCACUCCUCCUCGUCGUCCACGCUGACUUCCAGCGCGCCCUCGUCCUGCUCGUCCUCCCGGCACAGCAGCAGCAUCAUCAGCAGCAGCAGCAGCUCAGAGGCGAUGCGCCGAGCCUGUCUCCCAACCCCACCGAGCAAUAUAUUCGGAGGCUUGGAUGAGAGUUUGUUGGCCCGGGCUGAAGCUCUAGCGGCGGUGGAUAUAGUCUCGCAGACCAAGAGCCACCAUCACCCUCCACAUCACAGUCCCUUCAAACCGGACGCGACCUACCACACCAUGAACACUCUUCCCUGCACCUCGUCUUCCUCCUCCUCCUCCUCGGUGCCUAUUUCUCAUCCUUCCGCGUUGGGCGGGCAUCAUCACCACCACCACCAUCACCACCAUCACCAGCCUCACCAGGCUCUGGAAGGGGACCUGCUCGACCACAUCACCCCUGGACUGGCACUAGGAGCCAUGGCUGGGCCGGAUGGCUCGGUGGUUUCCACGCCUGCGCACCCUGCCCACAUGGCGGGCAUGAACCACAUGCACCAGGCAGCCAUCAACAUGGCACAUGCCCACGGGUUACCGCCGCACAUGGGCAUGAGCGACGUGGACGCCGAUCCCAGGGACUUGGAAGCGUUCGCGGAGAGGUUUAAGCAGAGACGGAUCAAACUCGGGGUUACCCAGGCGGAUGUAGGGGCAGCUUUGGCCAGCCUGAAGAUCCCUGGCGUGGGCUCCCUCAGCCAAAGCACCAUUUGCCGAUUCGAGUCCCUCACGCUGUCUCACAACAACAUGAUCGCACUCAAGCCCAUCCUGCAAGCGUGGCUGGAGGAAGCGGAGAAAUCGCACAGGGAGAAACUUAAUAAGCCCGAGUUGUUCAACGGCGCGGAGAAAAAGAGGAAGCGCACGUCGAUAGCGGCGCCGGAGAAGAGAUCACUGGAGGCCUACUUUGCCAUUCAGCCGCGUCCUUCCUCGGAGAAAAUCGCAGCAAUAGCAGAGAAGCUGGACCUGAAAAAGAACGUGGUCCGGGUCUGGUUUUGCAACCAGCGGCAGAAACAGAAACGGAUGAAAUACUCUGCAUGCGUGUGAAGUCGCUUUGAACCAACACCCACCAAAAAAAAAAAAAAAAGACUUGGAACU